CAUCCAAUUCAAUUCCCAUUUGACCCCCGACUUGCCGUUCCAUUCUUCUACUCCACCGUCCCCGGGCCUUUCUUCCUCUCUUGGGCCUACUUUCUUUCUCACUCGCCGUCUCGUGUCGUUUCGUCUCUGGCCACUGCAGCUCCCCACGUCCUUGGAGCCCAACUCGAUUCGACUUCAAGUAGAGCCAGCACCGCUAUUUGUGCCCUCUCGAUUUGCCCAAGACUUUUCAGUCUUCGCCCUCACUACUGCUCAGCCUAUGGCUACGAUUCAAGGCCAACUCAAACACCAUCGUGGCUCGAUACGACCGCCUUCAACCUCGUGGUACCGAUACCUAGAGACCCAAUUCGAAUCCCAGCACGGCGGCUGUACAUAGCCCGAACCUGCUGCACCAAUUUACCUUACUCCGUACACUACCUUACCUGCUUCGUACUCCGUACUGCGAACCCUGCAUUUAUACGAGUACCUGGUACUGUACACUGCAUCGCCUGUCCACCAUUCCGCCUGCUCCUUCGUGCGCCACUGCACAAGACGAAUACCCAAUCUCGCUCUGAAGCAUACCCUGCAUGCUGCCCGUACCGUCACCAACCUCGACAUUCACUCUCUCAGAACCCUUCACAAUUCGGCUCCGUUUUCCCUACGAAAUCCACCAGAUCAGCGGAUCCUUCCCUACGGAUACCACUCCUCCCAGACUCUCUUACGUCGCACUCGCUCUCUUCUCGUCCACAACAUCCACGCUGUCCCACCAGACCACAACCCGCACUCGCACUGGGUCCGAUUCGACUCCCCCUGCUGCUCCGUACAACGACACACGCCACGGGCGAACCGCACACACUGCCUGUCACGCGUUCGUUUGUCGAGCUGGCUGCUGGCGGAUCCUGCAAUUGCCAUUUGCAAACCUCGCCUUUCAAACGGACCCAUCCUGGCCCAACCUCGCUUUUGCAUCAACAAAGUCAAUUGAUGACACAAACCUUCUGA